AGCCAGGGCUGAGGAGGAGAGAGGAUAUUUGAGUUUCUCUGUUGUGGAUGUGCACGUGUCCUCACACAGUGUGACUGAGCAGAGGGGCGGGCCGUCGCUGUAUUUGGGGGCAGACCUUCGCAUCACACACAGAUGAUGGAGAGGAGGAGGAUGGACGCGGCGCUGCUGGUGCUGUUCCUGGUGCAGCUCACCACUGCGCUGGAGGUCCCACUAGACCUUCUGGAAGGAUUGCCGCAGCCACCGACCAUAACUCACCAAUCCCCCAAGGAUUACAUCAUUGACCCACGAGAGAACAUUAUAAUCCACUGCGAGGCCAAGGGGAAGCCUCACCCCAGUUUCUCCUGGACCAGAAAUGGGACCCACUUUGACAUUGACGAGGACCCCAACGUCACCAUGAAGCCCCACUCUGGGACGAUGGUGGUGGACAUCAGCAGAGCGAAGGCCGAACAUUACGAGUCUGUGUACCAGUGCACGUCGAGGAACAAACACGGGACUGCCGUUUCCAACAACAUAGUCGUACAACAGUCCAGGUCCCCCUUGUGGUCGAAGGAGAAGCUCAAGGCGAUGGUCGUUCAGGAGGGCGUGUCCAUGGUGCUGCCGUGUCGCCCCCCCGCUGGCCUGCCCCCUCCCAUCAUAUUCUGGAUGGACAAUAACUUCCAGAGGCUGCCUCAGAGCAGCAGGGUGUCCCAGUCCCUGAACGGAGACCUUUACUUCUCUAAUGUACUCCGAGAGGAUUCCCGGAACGACUACAUCUGCUAUGCCCGCUUCCCGUACACACAAACCAUCCAGCAGAAACAACCCAUCUCCGUCAAGGUCCUCAACAUGGAUGCAAUCAAUGACACAAUGGCAGCUUUUUACAAUGAAACUGAUUUAUUUAGUGAAGAGCCAGCCGACGAGAGGAAGCCAACCUUCCUCAUCCCAUCUGGCCCCUCCAGCUCCAAGAUGGUGCUGAGAGGACAGGUGUUGGAGAUGGAGUGCAUUGCCGAAGGACUGCCCACCCCCGAAGUCUCCUGGAUCAAAGUGAGCGGCGAUCUCCCAGCAAAGCGCACGUUUUUCCUCCACUACCAGAAAACCCUUCGCAUUGUGAACGUGUCAGAAUCGGACGCCGGAGAUUACCGCUGCACCGCCAGGAACCGUCUGGGCUCGGUGCACCACACCAUCAAAGUCAAUGUCAAAGCCGCUCCAUAUUGGAUCAGCGGCGCCCCGAGGAACCUGGUCCUCGCUCCGGGAGAGAGCGGCGUGCUGACCUGCAGAGCCAGCGGCACGCCCAAGCCCUUGGUCACCUGGGCCAUGAACGGCAUCCCCAUCGAGAAUUCCCCUAAGGAUCUCAGCAGAAAGGUGGAGGACGACACCAUCAUCUUCACCGAUGUGCAGACGGGAUCCAGCGCCGUCUUCCAGUGCAAUGUCUCCAACGACUACGGCUACCUCCUGUCCAACGCCUUUGUCAAUGUGCUCUCGGAGACGCCCAGAGUGCUGACACCAUCCAACAAAGUCUACCAGGUCAUCAAAAAUCACCCGGCCCUGAUAGACUGCGCUUCCUUUGGGUCACCCAUCCCUAAAAUUACAUGGUUCAAAGACAGUCGCUCCAGCACCCUGGAUGGAGACCCCUACAUCGUGCAUGACAACGGGACUUUGGAGAUUCACGUAGCUCAGGCCAGGAACAGUGGCAAAUACACCUGCGUAGCCAGAAACACCCUCGGUAACUACGAGAAUCACGUCUACCUGGAGGUCAAAGAGCCCACCCGGAUCCUGAAGCAGCCGGAGUACAAAGUGGUCCAGAGAGGCAGGUCUGUGGUGUUUGAGUGUAAGGUGAAACACGACUCCUCGCUCAUCCCCACCAUGACCUGGCUCAAAGACGACGGAGAGCUACCCGACGACGAAAGAUUAAUCGUGGACUCAGACAGCCUCGCCAUCAGUGAUGUGACGGAGAACGAUGCGGGGGUGUACACCUGCAUCAUGAACACCACUCUGGAUCAUGAUUCAGCCAGCGCUGAGCUCACUGUUGUCGAGGCCACGCCAACACCAGCGGUUGCUUACGAGCGACCCGACCCCCCGACUGACCUGGAGCUGACGGACCAGAAAAAGAGGAGUGUGCAGCUCACAUGGACCCCUGGGGAUGAACACAACAGUCCUAUCCAGAAAUUUCUGAUCCAGUUUGAAGACUCGCUGCACCACCGAGGUCACUGGCACAAUCUUACCGAGGUCCCUGGGAGCAAGACGACGGCUCACCUCAAACUGUCGCCCUACAUGCACUACACUUUCAGAGUUCUGGCCUUAAACGCUGUGAAUUUUAGCCGCCCCAGUUUUCCCUCCAGGAUGUUUAAGACCGAACCUGCAGGUACAGACUUAAUUCCACCAUAUUUACCACCGCUGACAGGCCUGCAGUCUAAUGGUCCGGGGCUUCACUACAGAGUGAUGUGGAGGCAGAAGCUGAUGGACAGUGAUUGGACCACAGUGACCGUGGCCAACAACUCCAAGUUUGUUGUGUCUGGAACGCCCACAUUUGUUCCUUACGAGCUAAGAGUUCAGGCAGUGAACGAACAGGGAGCUGCAGCUGAGCCGCAGACAGCCAUAGGCUUCUCUGGAGAGGACUUGCCAGUGGCAGCUCCAGAAAAUGUGCAGGCCAUGCUGCUGAACAGCACUCUGGCUAAGGUGCACUGGGAACCUGUGCCCGCCAGGUCAAUACGAGGACAUCUCAAAGGAUACAGGGUGUACUACUGGAGAGAUCGCAGCCUCCACAAGCACAACCCCCAUCAUGCGGAGAAGCAGAUCUUGACCUUCAGCGGGAACCACACCCACGGCAUGCUGCCCGGCCUCCACCCCUUCAGCCUCUACUCAUUCAAUGUCAGGCUUUAUAACGGCAAGGGAGAGGGUCCGCCCAGCCCCACCCAGCAGUUUGAGACGCCUGAAGGAGUGCCAGGGCCUCCUACUUCCCUGUUGGUGACAAACCCCAACCUGGACUCUCUGACCCUUGAGUGGAGUCCUCCUCACGACCGUAAUGGACACAUCACCGGCUACACCCUCAAAUAUCAGCCAGUCAAUGACUCCAAUGAGCUGGGCCCGUUGGAAGAGCUGGCGCUGCCCGCCAAUGAGACCUCAGUCACUGUGUUCAGCCUCAAGUACAGCACGCGCUACAAGUUUUAUUUGAAUGCGAUAACAGUCAGUGGAGCAGGCCCGGCCAUUUCUCAGGAAGCUGUCACCAUCAUGGAUGAAGCUCUAAUAUCACAGCAUGAAGUAGAUGUGGCCACAGGAAACACGCAAACCUCUCAUCCCAUUGCACCGUCUCCUCCACGCCGUCCGCCCCACAAGGCUCAGCCUGCGAGUCCUUUUAAGAACAUUAGCUCCUCGUUCGUAGAGGACGGCACCCUGAUCAGUUGGGAGUACUGGGGCCCGGAGAGAAACGUUUAUGUAGAGUACAUAGUGAAAAACAGUGAAGGUGAAGAGGAGUGGCAGAAAGAGCUUGUGAACGGCUCUCAGAAUGUAACGCUGAAGGGCUUAAAGGGGGGCCUCUCCUAUAGGGUGCGUUUGGUUGCCCAAGGUCACCACGACCAGCCGCUCCACCACUCUGAGGAGCUUGUGGUCUCGGUCCCAGCUGUGGCGAGCAGACAGGUGGACAUCGCCACUCAGGGAUGGUUCAUCGGCCUCAUGUGUGCCAUCGCUCUGCUCAUCCUGAUCCUCCUCAUUAUCUGCUUCAUCCAGAGGAAUAAGGGAGGGAAGUAUCCCGGUGAGUAG